UCCAACUGUGGCCUUGAGCUGUUCCAAUACCUCAAGGUCCCCGAGAUUAAUCAAUCAAACUUUAAUUAACCAGUUUAUUAUUUGUGUACAACAUUAAUUUCCAUAAAAAACAGUGAUGUUUGGAACGUGUAUUAAAACAUUCAUUAUCAGGUAGAAAGUCUUUGCCGAAAGAGCUUAAUUCUCUUCUUACUGUAGAACAAAUGUUAAAUUCAUUUACAACAGUGAACCAGUUCGAUUUAUGGGCAGUUUGAAUAAAGUUCUUUAUCCUUGGAUGAACAGGAAAAAGCCAUUUUGGGUUAAACAACAGGCUAAUCCUUAUACAGAUGAUGAUAUUACACCUGAAAACAAACUGUUCUUAGAACAAGAGCGUAUGAAUGUAUUGACUUGUAAUACAAGCCCAAUUAUUACGGAACAAUUGGUUCAAGUACCAUGGACACCUUAUGUUACACAACGAUGCGGCCUAAUUGCAGUUAAGUUAGGCAUGUAUCCUUUAUGGACUAAGACUGGACGAAAAAUAGACUGUACAAUUUAUCAG